GUGGUGGCCAUUUUGUAAACCGCUUUACUACCUCUAGCUUCAUCUCGUCUUCCGUAAUCCAGUUCAUUGACGAAUUUUGUCGGCGGGCUUUUUUAACGUGACAGAAAUGCACAUCUGAAAACUAUUUUCAUUUAAAAAAUAAUAUCACGUCACACUCGCAACCCACAGCACUGAUUAACCAGAUCCAGAUUUACUCGCUGUUUUUAAUUUGACGAUCCCCAACGCCUGGCCAGGCAGAAAGGCCACAAUGAAACUCACAGACAAUGUGCUGCGGAGUUUUAGGGUUGCGAAGGUUUUCCGAGAGAAUUCGGACAAAAUCAACUGCUUUGACUUCAGUUCAAACGGCGAAACUGUAAUAUCGAGUAGCGAUGAUGACUCGAUUGUCUUAUACGACUGCCAGGAGGGAAAACCCAAACGGACGCUUUACAGUAAGAAGUAUGGUGUGGAUCUCAUCAGAUACACUCAUGCCGCCAACACUGUCGUCUACAGCUCUAACAAGAUUGAUGAUACUAUACGAUACCUGUCCCUACAUGACAAUAAGUACAUUCGCUACUUUCCUGGACACAAUAAGAGGGUUGUUGCUCUGUCUAUGUCUCCUGUCGAUGACACAUUCAUUUCUGGCUCACUUGAUAAAACUAUUCGUCUGUGGGACCUUCGCUCACCUAACUGUCAGGGCCUCAUGCACCUGCAAGGGAAACCCGUGUGUUCAUUUGAUCCUGAGGGGUUGAUUUUUGCUGCGGGAGUGAACUCUGAGAUGGUCAAACUUUACGAUCUUCGGUCCUUUGAUAAGGGCCCAUUCGCCACAUUUAAACUACAAUAUGAGCGAACGUGUGAGUGGACGGGUCUCAAGUUCAGCAAUGAUGGAAAGCUCAUUCUGGUCUCCACCAAUGGAGGAACGCUCAGAGUGCUGGAUGCUUUCAAAGGAGCCGUUCUCCACUCGUUUGGGGGCUAUAACAACAGUAAAGGUGUCAUUCUGGAGGCUUCUUUCACACCAGACUCUCAGUUCAUCAUGAUCGGAUCAGAAGAUGGGAAGAUCCAUGUGUGGAAUGCUGAGAGUGGGAUGAAAGUAGCACUUCUUGAUGGGAAGCACACCGGUCCUGUCACCUGUCUGCAGUUUAACCCCAAAUUCAUGACCUUUGCCAGUGCCUGCUCUAACAUGGCGUUCUGGUUACCCACGAUUGAUGACUGAUGGGCAGCUGUCAGAAGUGUCGUGUUCUUCCAGCAGGUGGCAGCAUUAACCCUUCUCUCGGCACACAUGGGUUUGCUCACCCUAGGACUUUUGGACUGUAAAUAGAUUGGCCUUGAUGCCAAGUUGUAUUUCUUUGUUCAUUUUAUAUCUGUAUCAUUAAAACUUUUUUUGUAAAACAUUGUAAAGUAAUUUGUUGACAUUUGUUUUGUUUGAGAUUGCAACAAAGUGCUUGAUAAAAUUGGCUUGUGCAAAAGGUGAUGUAAAACAUUUCUGCAGAACUGAUCUUAGCUAAUCAAACGAUAGCAGAACUCGGCAUAUGUAGAUUUAGUAUCUUGUGCAGUCUGAAGAAAUGUCAGUGAAACAUUUUUAAAAUAAACAUGUCCAAAUUAUAAUA